AAUUUAUCUCUUCAUCUUGGAGAGUCUAAUAAACUAUUACAGUUUCCGUACUCACAACUGUUUGGAAGUUGAAAGACAUUUAAAAGGCAAACAUGAGUACAGCCAGAACAGAGAACCCUGUUAUAAUGGGUCUCUCCAGUCAAAAUGGACAGCUGAGGGGCCCAGUAAAACCUGGUGGUGGUCCAGGAAGCGGGGGGACACAGGCUCAGCAACAGAUAAACCAGCUGAAACAUCCCAACACAAUCAACAACGGCACUCAGCAGCAAGCACAGAGCAUGGCCUCCACUAUCAAACCUGGCGAUGACUGGAAGAAGACCUUAAAGCUCCCUCCAAAAGACCUGCGAAUCAAAACGUCGGAUGUGACGUCAACAAAAGGAAAUGAGUUUGAAGAUUAUUGUCUGAAGCGGGAGUUGCUGAUGGGAAUUUUUGAAAUGGGCUGGGAAAAGCCGUCUCCUAUUCAGGAGGAGAGUAUUCCUAUUGCUUUGUCUGGAAGGGACAUCUUAGCCAGAGCUAAGAAUGGGACCGGCAAGAGCGGCGCCUACCUCAUUCCCUUACUUGAAAGGCUUGACUUAAAGAAGGACCACAUACAAGCAAUGGUGAUUGUUCCCACAAGAGAACUUGCCCUGCAAGUCAGUCAGAUCUGCAUCCAGGUCAGCAAACACAUGGGAGGAGCCAAAGUGAUGGCAACCACAGGGGGAACCAAUCUGCGGGAUGAUAUAAUGAGGCUUGAUGAUACAGUGCAUGUAGUGAUAGCAACCCCAGGAAGGAUUCUGGAUCUCAUCAAAAAGGGGGUAGCAAAGGUGGACCAUAUCCAGAUGAUUGUCCUAGAUGAGGCAGACAAGUUACUGUCUCAAGACUUUGUGCAAAUAAUGGAGGACAUUAUACUCACUCUACCUAAAAACAGGCAGAUUUUGUUGUACUCGGCCACUUUCCCUCUAAGUGUGCAGAAGUUUAUGAACUCCCACUUGCAGAAACCCUAUGAGAUUAACUUGAUGGAGGAGCUGACUCUGAAGGGGGUGACCCAAUACUACGCUUAUGUAACAGAGCGCCAGAAAGUGCAUUGCCUCAACACGCUGUUUUCCAGGCUCCAAAUAAAUCAGUCCAUCAUCUUCUGUAACUCCUCCCAACGGGUUGAAUUGUUAGCUAAGAAAAUCUCCCAGCUGGGAUACUCCUGCUUCUACAUUCACGCAAAGAUGAGACAGGAACACCGCAAUCGAGUGUUCCAUGAUUUCCGGAAUGGCUUAUGCCGCAACCUUGUUUGCACUGAUCUCUUUACCCGAGGUAUUGAUAUCCAAGCUGUGAAUGUUGUGAUCAAUUUUGAUUUUCCAAAGCUGGCAGAGACAUAUCUCCAUCGUAUUGGCAGAUCAGGUCGAUUUGGCCAUCUAGGACUAGCCAUCAACUUGAUCACCUAUGACGAUCGUUUCAACCUGAAGAGUAUUGAAGAGCAGCUGGGGACAGAAAUUAAGCCCAUCCCUAGUAACAUUGACAAGAGUCUGUAUGUGGCAGAAUACCACAGCGAGCCUGUAGAAGACGAUAAACCGUAAUAGCUGCGCUUUGCUUAAACAAAAGCUAAAAACCCUUUGAUCUGGACAUGUGAAACAUCAUUUCUUGGGGGAGGCCCCUUCUCUUUGAGGGUUUUUCAUCUUUUUGUUUUGGAACAAUUAAAAUUACAGAGCUUUCCCCUCCUUUAAAAAAAUUGGCUGUGAAGACAAAUGCAGAAGAUAGGAAGAAAAUACCUUUUGUUUUUCCCACUUGUUUGCACUGUGUGCUGACUGAACAUUAGUUGCACUAACUGCUGGUUUUAAUUUCUUUCUUUGUGAUGGAGUAGAAGAACUCUGAAAUGAGAAGAUUCCCAAACUCCACCUUGACUGCAAUUUCAAAUUCACCCACAGCUGCCCGACUGAGUACAUUUCAACUUCUCCCUGGCUCCUCAUCUGUCUUUUGAGCUAAAGAGCUUGUUACUUAUUUGUGCAAAGUGCCUUAUGCUAUGAGACCAUUCAGAAAAUCCCUUUUGGAUACAGCCCAAGGAGUCGUUUUGGUUCAGGUCAAAGUCUCUUCCCUCCCCCUCUGUUUCCUUCCCCUUCCAGGUGCUGGAAGGUGGGCCUUGUCAGUAGUUUUGUUUGAUUAACUUUCUUUUAAUGGAGGAAUUGAGAUGCAGUUGUUGUUCACCCACUCUGUAAAUAUGUGUAUUUAA